UUCAUUCAUCCCGUUCGUUUAGCGCAUUGCUUGGACGACCAUCAAUACACAAAAAUUUGUCACUCGACUUGAUGCGACAACUGCUCUCGUUGACGACUCUCGGUUGCUUCGUCGUUCCAAACCUCCUGCGCUCCACCAUGGCUUGGCGAUCACACGGUGCUACGAAUACAGAACUUGUCGCCAAUCUUAAAGCAAAUGGAAUCAUAACUAGCGCAGAGGUUGAAAACGCUAUGCUCAGGACAGACCGCGGCAAGUAUAUUUUGGAAGUGAACAAACCCUACCAGGACGCUCCUCAGGGUAUCGGUUAUGGUGUUACCAUCAGCGCUCCCCACAUGCACGCCCAUGCACUGGAGAUCCUAAAAGACCACUUGAAGGAAGGAAACAAAGUGUUGGACGUCGGUUCCGGGAGUGGCUACCUGACCGUCUGCAUGGCUCUAAUGCUUGGUGAGACUGGAAAAGCGGUUGGAAUUGACCACAUUGAAGAGCUAGUGGAUACUUCUAUUAAAAAUAUCGAGCUAGACAAUCCUGAACUCUUGUCCUCCGGCAGAGUAAAAAUAAUUGUUGGAGAUGGCCGGAAAGGGCACAAAGCUGAAGCCCCGUACAAUGCCAUUCAUGUUGGUGCUGCCGCGCCAAAAGUUCCAGAGGAGCUUAUCGCGCAGCUUGCUCCUGGUGGCCGAAUGGUGAUUCCAGUUGGACCGGAAGGCUGGGACCAACAGCUGCAGCAGAUAGACAAAGCCCUGGAUGGCACAAUCACUAAGAAGACUCUAAUGGGAGUUAUUUAUGUCCCCCUGACAGACAAGGAGCAACAAUGGCCUUACCCUAGAAGAAUAGUCAAGCGAAUCCAAAGGGCAGUGAGAAAAAAGCUGGGGAAAAACAAUGUUUCUGGUCAAAGUUCCAACUCUAAUUCUUGAAGUUUAUCGCUGACCUUUAGACAGAUGUGCCUGCACCCUUAAAUAUUACUGAUGAUGACUCUGCCAGGUGCUGUCAAAUUUGCUGAAUUGGCUUUGGAUGCAAGAGCUCAAACCCUAAAAGGACCAGCUGACAGCAUUAUUGUACAACUUGGAUUGUGUUAAAUAUCGCGUAUGCUUCGUGCCAAGAAAGACUGCAAUUAAUUUGAAAUGGCAAAAAUUUAAUAUUUAAUGAUUAUGAUUUUAUUGGAUUUGCUAAAAACUUGUGCUACUUUUGCAAGAAGUAUAAAAUAAACAAUAAUGUGACAAAAAAUAA